GUGUAGAUAGAGUAAACUCUAAUAACAGGAUGGAUGUAAUACCCUGUUGUGGCAUUUUUCUCGUGCUGUUUUUCGGAGUUGGGAUUCACCGAUCGGACGCCUUACAAUGUUACUGUCAUCGCUGCCCGAACUCCACAUGCACCACGGACGGUCUGUGUUACAUUGCCAUCACAAAGUCAGGCAGUAAAACGACACAGCAGAGCUGGUGCAUCAGUAAGAACAAGCUGAUACCGCAUGACCGGCCCUUCGUCUGUGCACCCUCCACCAAGGAUGACACGGGCAUCUACCCUAUGUGCUGCAGCACCGACUGGUGCAACAAGAACGCUGACUCCAUAAAGUUUCCAAAUAUAACCGUGAAACCUCCCACACUGGGCCCUGUGGCUCUAGCGGCUGUGAUUGCUGGGCCUGUGUGUGUGUUGUGCUUCGUGCUCGUCACUGUGUUCUAUGUAUGUCACAGUCGCUCAGUCAUCCACCACCGUGUGCCUAAUGAGGAGGACCCCUCCAUGGACCACCCAUUCCUAAAUGUAGGCACAACGCUCAAAGACCUCAUCUAUGACAUGACCACGUCUGGAUCAGGCUCAGGUCUGCCAUUACUGGUGCAAAGGACCAUUGCUAGAACCAUAAUCCUGCAGGAAAGCAUCGGAAAGGGCCGUUUUGGAGAGGUGUGGAGAGGGAAGUGGAGAGGAGAAGAGGUGGCGGUAAAAAUCUUCUCCUCCCGGGAGGAGCGCUCCUGGUUUCGUGAGGCGGAGAUUUACCAGACGGUCAUGCUGCGCCAUGAGAACAUCCUGGGCUUCAUCGCUGCUGAUAACAAAGAUAAUGGAACAUGGACUCAGCUGUGGCUGGUAUCGGAUUACCAUGAGCACGGCUCUCUGUUCGACUACCUGAACAGGUACACGGUGACUGUGGAGGGCAUGAUUAAGCUGUCUCUGUCCACUGCUAGCGGCCUGGCUCAUCUGCACAUGGAGAUUGUAGGAACACAAGGUAAGCCGGCGAUCGCGCACAGAGAUCUGAAAUCUAAGAACAUCCUGGUGAAGAAGAACGGAACAUGCUGUAUCGCAGAUCUCGGCUUGGCGGUCCGUCAUGACUCGGCCACAGACACCAUCGAUAUCGCCCCCAACCACAGAGUCGGAACCAAAAGGUAUAUGGCCCCAGAGGUACUUGACGACUCAAUAAAUAUGAAACAUUUUGAGUCAUUCAAGCGAGCGGACAUUUAUGCCAUGGGUUUGGUCUUCUGGGAAAUUGCUAGCAGAUGUUCUAUUGGAGGCAUUCAUGAAGACUACCAGCUGCCCUAUUACGAUCUGGUGCAGUCAGAUCCAUCAGUGGAGGAAAUGAGGAAGGUGGUGUGUGAGCAGAAAUUACGGCCCAACAUUCCUAACAGAUGGCAGAGCUGUGAGGCUCUGCGGGUGAUGGCAAAGAUCAUGAGAGAAUGCUGGUACGCUAACGGUGCUGCCCGCCUCACUGCCCUGCGCAUCAAGAAGACGCUUUCCCAGCUCAGCCAGCAGGAGGGCAUUAAAAUGUAGGCCUGCUCUUCAGGAGAGUCACUCACCUGAGCAUAUGAUCAUUUUUAU